AUAUAUUUUAGGUGACACAUUUGAAAUGUUACAAGAGGAGAUCAGAAGUAAAUUAUGGUUUACAUACCGAAAACAGUUCCUCCCAAUUGGUGAUUCUGGUUUAACAUCUGAUUCUGGUUGGGGUUGUAUGCACCGCUGUGGCCAAAUGCUCAUGGGACAAGCUUUUAUCUGGCGAUAUUUGAAAAGGGACUGGACAUGGAAGCCUAACCAUGAUGAUGAAAUUUAUCAGAAGAUUCUUUGGCAAUUCAAUGAUAAAAUUGAAUGUCAGUAUUCUAUUCAUAAAAUAGCUAUAAAAGGGAAUUUGCUAGAAAAACAAGUUGGGCAGUGGUUUGGUCCAAAUACUGUUGUACAAGUAAUGAAACGCCUAGCUGAAGAAGAUACUGAAAAUGAUAUUGCAAUACAUGUUGCUAUGGAUAAUAUGGUUAUUAAGAAUGAACUUAGAAAGCUUUUUAGGAGAAGUAAUAAAAACUUCCAAAAUAUAGUGUCAGCUGACACUCUGCCAGCUAGCAGUAAUAUUUUAGAUUCCUCAUGUGACCAAGGAGGAACCUGCUUAAAUGAAAAUUCUUCAGAAUAUUCUGAAUCUAACUCUCCAGUUCUGUUGACUAUACCACUGAGAUUAGGACUUUCAGAAAUUAUACCUGUAUAUUAUGAAAAAUUAAAAGCAGUAUUCACUUUAAAACAAUCUUUAGGAAUUAUUGGAGGAAGAACGAAUCAUGCAUCAUAUUUUAUUGGAUAUGUAGGCAAUGAAUUAAUCUACUUGGAUCCACACACUACUCAGCUGCACAGAAAUGAACCUCCAUUAGAAGAUAAAACUUACCAUUGUGAGCAUCCCAGUAGGAUGACAUUUUCUCAGCUUGAUCCAUCGAUUGCUCUGUGUUUUUAUUUAGAGAAUGAAACAGGUUUUGAACAGUGGUGUAAAGAUGCGCAUCAGGUUUUAUUAGAACCAGAGAAAGACGCUCUCUUUGAAAUACUGGAGGAGAAACCUCCUAUGCUGCCUUAUGUUGAUAUAGAUGUGGAUGAUGAUUUUAAUGUUUCCCUGAAUGAAAUGGAUAGAGUAUAUACAUCUGAUAAUGAAUUUGAACUUUUAAUGUGAUUUUGAAAGUUGAAAUUUUAAAAUAUUGUGCCUUUUUGAUACUGAGACUGUUUGGACCAUGUAAAAUAUAAUGGAAUUCAUAAUAUAUUGUUUUGGAAAUUAGCAUAUUAAUUUACUUGUGUAUAAAUAUUACAUAUAUUAACUUUAUAUCUAAAGUUCUUGUACUAUAUUUCCUUUGUACAUAGUUUGUUUUAUAAUGUUUUUGCAAUAUUUAAUAAAUUUUAAUUAAUAAAGCAAAUAUGAAAAAUA